UCAGAGCGCCGCUAUUGGCCAACAUAAUUCCCAGAAAGGAGCUGGAAAUCUAAUGGGGCUUCCUGCCUUCUGACUAUCCAGUCACCAAAUGCAGAGCAGUCAAAGAGCAGGAUUGAGGGACACUCACCGACCAUGGCAGAGAAAAGAAAACCACUGCAGUUUAGAUAAAACUCAGGAGAAUCCCAGGACCCUCUUGAUGCUUUCUUUCUAAUGAGAAUUUAAACUGGUCAGCUUACUGGAUUGCACAAAGCACUUUUCAUCGCAGUUGGGAUGGACGGCAGGAGCAAAGCUAAGAGCAGAUCUGUAAAAAGGCAAGUACGUCUCCUCUUCUUAUUGUCUUUCGUCUGCCAGACUGUCUCGGAGCACCUUCGCUAUUCAAUUCCAGAGGAAAUGGGAAAGGGUUCCAUUGUGGGGAAUCUUGCCAAGGAUCUGAAACUGAGUGCUGCAGAAGUGGGAAAUCGCAACCUGCACAUCCUUUCUGUAGGCAACAAGCAGUAUUUCUCCAUCAAUGCUGAAAAUGGGAAUCUGUAUGUAAAAGACAGGAUUGACAGAGAGGAAAUCUGUGGGGAAACUGCACUCUGCCCCAUCAGUUUUGAAGUGGUGAGUGCAAACCCCAUGGACAUAUUUUACAUAACAGUAGAGAUCCAGGAUAUUAAUGACAAUGCACCACAUUUCUUAAAUGGUGAUAUCAAACUAGAGAUAAGUGAAUCCUCUUUACCAGGAGCCACAUUUCUUCUUGAACAAGCAGAAGAUCCUGAUAUUGGAACAAAUGCUCUCCAGGAUUAUUAUCUAAGUGUUAAUGAUAAUUUUAUACUUGAAUUUAGACUGGUGGAAAACAGAAAACAAUAUCCAAAAUUAGUGCUAAAGAAACAGUUAGAUCGCGAAAGUGAAAGAAGCAUUAAUUUAACACUUACUUCUGUUGAUGGUGGUAAUCCAACAAAAACUGGAACAGCCAAAAUAUGGAUCAAGGUCAUUGAUGCCAAUGACAAUGCACCCAUCUUCAGUCAAGAACUUUAUUUGGUCAGCCUAAAAGAGAAUGCAUCAAAAGGAUCUACUGUAAUACAGGUGAAAGCCACAGACAAAGAUGAAGGUUCCUAUGGUCAGAUCAACUAUUUCUAUAGAAAUAUUGCUAAUAAUGCUCAUAGGAAAUUUGAUUUGGAUUCUGAACAGGGAUUUAUAUCAAUUCAUGAAGAGCUAGAUUUUGAGGAAACAGAGAAGUAUACCAUAGCAGUGGAAGCAAGGGAUGGAGGUGGGUUAGUAGCCCACUGUAAUGUUGAAAUAAAGCUAUUAGACGUAAAUGACAAUGCCCCAGAAUUGAUUCUUCCCUCCUUAUCCAGGGAAAUUCCGGAAAACUCUCCAUUAGGAACAUUGGUAGCCCUCAUCAAUAUAAAGGAUAAAGAUUCAGGGGAUAAUGGGGAGGUCAAUUGCCAUUUACAGAAUGCCUCUCCAUUCAAAAUAGUAUCAGCAGCUAAUGGCUACUAUAAGCUGCUGACAGAUGGUCCCCUAGACAGAGAAAGCACCCCAGCAUACAAUCUUACAAUCGCAGCCACAGACAAAGGUACGCCCCCUCUUUCUACACAGAAAACCAUCUCACUGGAGAUUUCGGAUAUCAAUGAUAAUGCCCCUACCUUUGAGAAAUCCUCAUACACCGUCUAUGUGGCAGAGAACAAUCCUGCUAGCUCCUCCAUCUUCAGCAUCAAAGCUAUAGAUCCCGAUCUUGGUCGCAAUGCUAGGAUCACCUAUUCCAUCCUCACUAGCAAAAUAGAGGCGCUACCUCUCCCGUCUUACCUCUCCAUUAACUCAGAAAGUGGCACCCUCUAUUCUCAAAGGUCCUUUGACUAUGAGCAACUCAGGGAAUUUGAGGUACAGGUGAAGGCUGAAGAUGGAGGCUCCCCACCUCUCAGCAGCAAUGCCACAUUGAAAGUGUUCAUCCAGGACCAAAAUGAUCAAAGCCCUCAAAUUCUGUAUCCUUCUCCAGGAGCAGAAGGUUCAGCCUCCUUUGAGAUGGUGCCUCGCUCGGCAGAGAUGGGGUACCUGGUUACAAAGGUGGUGGCUGUGGACACCGACUCUGGCCACAAUGCCUGGCUCUCUUAUCAUCUACUGCAAGCCACUGAGCCGGGGCUCCUCACAAUUGGUGCCCACACUGGUGAAAUCAGGACAUUGCGGACACUUCUGGAAAGAGAUGCUCUGAAGCAGAAGCUAGUGGUCUUAGUGAAGGAUAAUGGGCAGCCCCCGCUCUCUGCUACAGUCAGUCUCAAUCUGAUAUUUGCUGAAAACUUCCAAGAGGCACUGCCAGAAAUAAAUCACCAAGCCACGGAUUCAGAGCAACAGUCUGAGCUCCAGUUCUACCUAGUGCUGGCCUUAACUUUGAUCUCUUUUCUGUUCCUCUUGACUGUAACUCUGGUCAUCAUGAUGAAACUCCGACAGUCGGGGAAUCUGAAAUUUCUUCCAUGCUUUGCUCCCAUUCCCCAUUCAAGCAAUGCCAUUAUAUUCCCACCAAAUUAUGAGGAAGGGACUAUUCCUUAUUCCUAUCAGCUCUGCUUAUCCUCUGAGUCCAAGAUACAUGAAAUUACUUUUCCAACUCCCAAAGUUCAAGCUGCUGAAUAUAUUUCAUGCAACCAAAAAUAUGAUGUGCUUUUGUCAAGCAACGGAGGCAAUAUCCCAAAUUCUGAGAUGGAUAAAACUGAUUUGACCGGCAUCAUCUUUGGCUAUGAGCAGUUCAGGGAAUUCCAGCUGCAGGUGAAGGCCCAAGAUGGUGGGAGUCCCCCUCUCAGCAGCAACGUCACAGUCAGGGUGUUUAUCCUGGAUCGGAAUGACAACAGCCCCCAAAUCUUAUCCCCUUCACCAGACUCCAAGGACUCUGCCCUCUUUGAGAUGGUCCCUCGUUCAGCCAAAGCAGAUUAUCUGGUAACAAAGGUGGUGGCUGUGGAUGCUGAUUCCGGACACAACGCCUGGCUCUCCUACCAGCUGAUUCAAGCCACAGAACCAGCCCUCUUCACUGUUGGCUCCCAUACGGGUGAGAUCAGGACAGCAAGAACUUUUAUGGAGAGAGAUGCUGUGAAACAGAGACUGGUCCUUCUGGUGAAGGAUAAUGGACAACCGACUCUCUCGGCCUCUGUCACUCUGAACCUGGUGUUUGCUGAGAACUUCCAGGAGGCCCUUCCGGAGAUGAAAAACCAGAUGAACAGCUCAGAGGAUCAAUGGAGGGAACCCAGAAAAACUGGAACAGCCCAAAUAUGGAUCAAUGUCACCGAUGCCAAUGAUAAUGCACCUAUAUACACCCAAGAAGUCUACACAGUCAAUCUGAGGGAAAAUCUACCAGUUGGGUUCCUGGUGCUGCAACUUUUAGUUUCAGAUAAAGAUGAAGGCUCAAAUGCACAAAUCAGAUAUUAUUUCAGCAAUAUACCGCUGAGUGCAAAUCAGAAAUUCAGCCUAGAUUCAACCCGUGGAAUGAUUUCUCUUGUGGAACCAUUGGACUUUGAGGAAAACACAGAGUAUGUGAUGACUGUAGCAGCUAAAGAUGGAGGUGGAUCAAUGACCCAUUGCAAAGUAGAAUUAAAGCUCCUCAAUGAGAAUGAUAAUUUGCCAGAAAUUAUGUUUGCAACUGUUUUUAGUCCAAUUCUGGAAGAUUCUCAGAUUGGAACAGUUAUUGCUCUCAUCAAUGUACAUGACUGGGAUACUGGUAAUAAUGGAAAGAUUGUUUGCUAUUUAGAAGAUGACUUGCCAUUCAAGAUUCUUCCAUCAGCUGACAGCUACUACACACUCCUGACAGAUAAACCUCUAGACAGGGAGAAAGCAUCUCAGUAUAAUAUUACAAUCACAGCCAUUGACAAAGGAACUCCUCCAUUGAACACAAACAAAACUAUCGUGCUACAGAUCCCUGAUAUCAAUGACAAUGCUCCUGCUUUUGAGAAAGCUUCCUACAGCAUCUACGUGCCAGAGAACAAUCCUUCUGGUGCCUCCAUCUUCCAGAUUCAAGCCUUUGAUCCGGAUCUGGAUCAAAACUCACACAUCACAUAUUCAAUCCUCACCAGCAACAUUGAAGAACUUCCCAUCUCCUCCUAUAUCUCCAUUCAUUCUGAGACCGGCAUCAUCUACGCCCAGCGAUCCUUUGACUAUGAGCAGUUCAGAGAAUUCCAGCUGCAGGUGAAGGCCCAAGAUGGCGGGAGUCCCCCUCUCAGCAGCAACGUCACAGUCAGGGUGUUUAUCCUGGAUCGGAAUGACAACAGCCCCCAGAUCCUAUCCCCUUCACCAGACUCCAAGGACUCUGCCCUCUUUGAGAUGGUCCCUCGUUCAGCCGAGGCAGAUUAUCUGCACAUCGAUUAUUCAGUACCAGAAGAGAUGGCAAAAGGCUUUGUUGUGGGGAAUCUUGCAAAGGACGUAGAAUUGAAUAUAAGGGAACUGGAAAAACAAAAUGUACAUCUAGUCUCUAUUGCUAAAAUGCACUACUUCAGCAUCAAUGAAGAGAAUGGAAACCUCUAUGUAAAUGAAAAGAUAGAUCGAGAAGUAAUAUGUGGGAAGGCUCCACUCUGUCUUCUUAGUUUUGAAGUUGUGGUUGAAAAUCCUUUGAAAGUUUUUCAUGUAACUGUAUCAGUUGAGGACAUUAAUGAUAAUGCACCAUAUUUCUUGGAAAACAACUUCAACUUAGAAAUAAGUGAAACCACUUUUCCUGGAACUCGAUUUCUCCUUGCAAAAGCUGAAGAUCCUGACAUUGGAAAGAAUUCCCUCCAAAACUAUGAGCUUAGCUCCCAUCUUUGUUGUAAUUUGGAGACUGGAGAGAGAAAAGAUGGAAGUAAAUACACAGAACUAGUGAUUAAUAAUCCAUUAGAUCGUGAAAGUGAACCAUAUAUACAUUUGAUUCUUACAGCCAUUGAUGGGGGUGAACCAAGAAAAACCGGGACUGCCCAUAUAUGGAUUAAUGUCACUGAUGCCAAUGACAACUCACCCAUUUUCACUCAAGAACUCUAUAAGGUCAGAUUGGAGGAGAGUCUUCCAAUAGGGUCCCCUGUGCUCCAGGUUAUUGCUUCUGAUAAAGAUGAUGGUACAAAUGCCCAAAUCAGAUAUCAUUUUGGCAAUAUGCCUGGAAAUAACCAUCCCAUAUUUCAUUUGAAUCCAGUCAGUGGAAAAAUCACACUUAUGGCCCCCUUGGACUUUGAGGAAACUGCAGAAUAUACAAUGACAGUAGUAGCAAAAGAUGGUGGUGGCUUAGAAGCAAACAGCAAUAUUGAAAUAAAAAUAUGUGAUGAGAAUGAUAAUGCACCAGAGAUAAACCUGGUCUCCUUAUUUAGUUCAUUCUCUGAAGAUACUCCACCUGAAACAUUAAUUGCUUUAAUCAGUGUAAAUGACAAAGAUGCUGAUGAUAAUGGAAAAGUUACAUGUCAUUUAGAAAAUGAUAUUCCUUUCAAGAUCCUGCCUUUUUCUAAUAAUUACUACAAGCUCCUAAUAGAUAGACCUCUGGAUAGAGAAAGAAUUUCUAAAUAUAAUAUUACAAUCACAGCAACUGACAAAGGAACCCCUCCAUUGAGUGCAAACAAAACCAUCCUUUGCCUCUCCUCAGAAUCCAGAAAGAAUGAAUUGAUGUUCUUGACACCACAUAGUCACGUUAUUAAUAAUACCCUUAAUGGUGAUAAUAGUGUUCCUUUUGUAGGCAACAGUGAAAAUCAAUUAAAUUCAGAAAUGGAUCAUGACAUUAAGGAAAUUUCAUCUGAUCACUACCAGUUGCAGGGCAAAGGCAGAAACUCUGCAGACAGCUGGAUGGAUAGAAAGAACAAAGACAAUGGAAGGGCAGCCAGAAGGCAAGUAUUGCUUCUCUUAAUAUUAUCAUAUUCCUACUAUACUGCUUCAGAAGAAAUUGGCUUUUCAAUACCUGAAGAAAUGACUAAGGGAUCUGUAGUAGGGAAUCUUCUCAAGGAUUUGGGACUGAAUAUCCAAGAGCUGUCUAGAAGAAAUUUGAAUGCUGUCUCUGUAGAUCAAAUGCAUUAUUUCAGUAUCAAUGCCAAAAAUGGAAACCUCUAUGUGAAUGACAGGAUUGAUCGGGAAGAACUAUGUGAUACAAUUCUUCUUUGUCUUGUUAAUAUGGAUGUAGUACUUGAAAACCCACUGAAUGUUUUCCAUAUAUCAAUCACAAUCCAGGACAUCAAUGAUAAUGCACCCAAAUUCCUCAAAGACAAUAUCCAUUUGGAGGCAAGUGAACUAACCUUGCCAGGUACAAGAUUUCAGGUAGGAAAAGCAGAAGAUCCAGAUGUUGGCCUCAAUUCUGUCCAGAAUUACAUACUGAGUCCAAAUCAAUACUUCUCCCUGGAAGUUAGAGAGAGAAAAGAUGGACUUAAAUAUGCAGAACUGGUGCUGCAGAAACCCCUCGAUCGGGAAAGUGAACAAAGCUUUCACUUGAUUCUUACCGCCCUGGAUGGGGGUGAACCAAGGAAAACUGGGACUACCCAUAUAUGGAUUAAUGUCACUGAUGCCAAUGACAACCCACCCAUUUUCACUCAAGAUACAUAUACAGUUAAUUUGAAAGAAAGUGUUCCAGUUGGAUCCCUUGUGCUUCAGGUGGAAGCCUCUGAUAAAGAUGAAGGGACAAAUGCCCAAAUCACAUAUCAUUUCACCAAUUUACCACCUACUGCAAAGGACAAAUUCAGCCUGGAUUCUUCAAAAGGAACUGUCAUUCUUAGUGCCCUACUGGAUUUUGAAGAAAUAAAACAAUAUACAAUGACAGUGGCAGCAAAAGAUGGGGGCGGUUUAAUAGCACAUUCCAAUAUUGAAAUAAGUGUUCUAGAUGAGAAUGAUAAUCCCCCAGAGAUAACUCAAACCUCUGUGUUCAGUCCAGUUCCUGAAGAUUCGCUUCCUGGAACACUGAUUGCUCUCCUCAGUAUAAAUGACAAGGAUACUGGUGAUAAUGGAGAGGCUACUUGCUAUUUGCAGAAUAAUUUGCCAUUUAAGAUACUUCCAUCAUCUAAAAAUUACUACAAGCUCCUUACAGACAGACCUCUGGACAGAGAAAAGGCAUCUCAGUAUAACAUUACAAUCACAGCCAUUGACAAAGGAACUCCUCCAUUGAGUGCAAACAAAACCAUCGUGCUGCAGAUCUCUGAUAUCAAUGACAAUGCUCCUGCUUUUGAGAAAGCUUCCUACAGCAUCUACGUGCCAGAGAACAAUCCUUCUGGUGCCUCCAUCUUCCAGAUUCAAGCCUUUGAUCCAGAUCUGGAUCAAAAUUCACACAUCACAUAUUCAAUCCUCACCAGCAACAUUGAAGAACUUCCCAUCUCCUCCUAUAUCUCCAUUCAUUCUGAGACUGGCAUCAUCUACGCCCAGCGAUCCUUUGACUAUGAGCAGUUCAGGGAAUUCCAGCUGCAGGUGAAGGCCCAAGAUGGCGGGAGUCCCCCUCUCAGCAGCAACGUCACAGUCAGGGUGUUUAUCCUGGAUCGGAAUGACAACAGCCCCCAGAUCCUGUCCCCUUCACCAGACUCCAAGGACUCUGCCCUCUUUGAGAUGGUCCCUCGUUCAGCCGAGGCAGAUUAUCUGGUAACAAAGGUGGUGGCCGUGGAUGCUGAUUCCGGACACAACGCCUGGCUCUCCUACCAGCUGAUUCAAGCCACAGAACCGGCCCUCUUCACUGUUGGCUCCCAUACGGGUGAGAUCAGGACAGCAAGAAUUUUUAUGGAGAGAGAUGCUGUGAAACAGAGACUGGUCCUUCUGGUGAAGGAUAAUGGACAACCGACUCUCUCGGCCUCUGUCACUCUGAACCUGGUGUUUGCUGAGAACUUUCAGGAGGCUCUUCCGGAGAUGAAAAACCAGGUGAACAGCUCAGAGGAUCAGUCCGACUUGCAGUUCUAUUUGGUAGUGGCCUUAGCGGUGAUGUCAUUUUUAUUCCUCUUGUCAGUGAUUCUGGCCAUUGCCAUCAAACUGCGGCAGUCAGGAAAUUCUAGUUUCUUACCAUGUUUUGCUCCCGUUUCCCAUUCCACAGCUGGAGUCAUAUUUCCACCCAAUUUUCAAGAUGGGACUCUGCCUUAUUCCUACCAGCUUUGCCUCUCCUCAGAAUCCAGAAAGAAUGAAUUUACCUUCCUCGCACCAAACAUUCAUGUUGCAGAGAAUAUGCUUUGUGGUGGAAAAAGUGAAAUGCCUCUUUCAAGCAAUGGAGAAAGCAAUUCGCAUCCUAAGGUAGAAAAUAAUGAAAAGAACUGUGUCUGGAUGGCACAAUUACAAGAAAAGGCAAUUACUAUUUCUUCUGAUAUUUCUUUCAAACCCAAGAGAAUUUGGUCAGAACAUAAGAAGCUGGGAAAAAGAAACGGCCUCAUGUGGAAAAGACUGAUGGAGAGAAGGCACAGAAGGAAUCAUAGGGCGCUCUCAAGGCAAGUACUGCUUCUCCUGAUUUUGUCAUCCAUCCACCACACUGUUGCAGAACAAAUUCAUUAUUCCAUACCUGAGGAGAUGUCGAAGGGUUCCAUAGUAGGAAAUCUUGCCAAGGAAUUGGGAUUAAAAGAAAAAGAAUUAAAAUACCAUAAAUUACAUUCUGUAUCUUUGGAUAAAAUGCAGUUUUUGAUGAUCAAUGCAGACAAUGGAAAUCUUUAUGUAAAUGACAGGAUAGAUAGAGAAGGAAUCUGUGGGAAAAGCGUUCCGUGUCUUGUUAACUUAGAAGCUGUGAUGGAAAACCCUCGAAAUGUUUUCCAUAUAUCAGUGACAAUCCAGGAUAUUAAUGAUAAUGCACCCAAAUUCCUCAAAGACAAUAUCCAUUUGGAGACAAGUGAAUUAACUUUGCCAGGUACAAGGUUUCUCAUUGGAAAAGCAGAAGAUCCAGAUGUUGGCCUCAAUUCUGUCCAGAAUUACAUACUGAGUCCAAAUCAAUACUUCUCCCUGGAAGUUAGAGAGAGAAAAGAUGGACUUAAAUAUGCAGAACUGGUGCUGCAGAAACCCCUCGAUCGGGAAAGUGAAAAAAGCUUUCACUUGAUUCUUACCGCCCUGGAUGGGGGUGAACCAAGGAAAACUGGGACUGCCCAUAUAUGGAUUAAUGUCACUGAUGCCAAUGACAACCCACCCAUUUUCACUCAAGAUACAUAUACAGUUAAUUUGAAAGAAAGUGUUCCAGUUGGAUCCCUUGUGCUUCAGGUGGAAGCCUCUGAUAAAGAUGAAGGGACAAAUGCCCAAAUCACAUAUCAUUUCACCAAUUUAUCACCUACUGCUGAACAAAAAUUCAGAUUGGAUUCAAUUAAAGGGACAAUUUAUCUCGCAGAGUUGCUGGACUUUGAAGAAACAGAAGAGUAUACAAUAUCAUUUGCAGCAAAGGAUGGAGGUGGAUUGGUGACACAUUGCAAUAUUGAAAUAAAAAUUUCAGAUGACAAUGACAACAUUCCAGAAAUACAGUUAGCUUCUAUGUUUAACCCAAUUCCUGAAGACUCUGAUUCUGGAAACUUAAUUGCUCUUAUAAAUGUUAAAGACAGAGACAUUGGUGAUAAUGGAAAGGUUAUUUGCUACUUGCAAAGUGAUUUGCCAUUCAAGAUUCUUCCAUCUUCUAAAAAUUAUUACAAGCUCAUGACAGAUAAACCUCUAGAUAGAGAGAAAGCAUCUCAGUAUAACAUUACAAUCACAGCCAUUGACAAAGGAACUCCUCCAUUGAGUGCAAACAAAACCAUCGUGCUGCAGAUCUCUGAUAUCAAUGACAAUGCUCCUGCUUUUGAGAAAGCUUCCUACAGCAUCUACGUGCCAGAGAACAAUCCUUCUGGUGCCUCCAUCUUCCAGAUUCAAGCCUUUGAUCCAGAUCUGGAUCAAAACUCACACAUCACAUAUUCAAUCCUCACCAGCAACAUUGAAGAACUUCCCAUCUCCUCCUAUAUCUCCAUUCAUUCUGAGACCGGCAUCAUCUACGCCCAGCGAUCCUUUGACUAUGAGCAGUUCAGGGAAUUCCAGCUGCAGGUGAAGGCCCAAGAUGGCGGGAGUCCCCCUCUCAGCAGCAACGUCACAGUCAGAGUGUUUAUCCUGGAUCGGAAUGACAACAGCCCCCAGAUCCUGUCCCCUUCACCAGACUCCAAGGAUUCUGCCCUCUUUGAGAUGGUCCCUCGUUCAGCCGAGGCAGAUUAUCUAGUAACAAAGGUGGUGGCCGUGGAUGCUGAUUCCGGACACAACGCCUGGCUCUCCUACCAGCUGAUUCAAGCCACAGAACCAGCCCUCUUCACUGUUGGCUCCCAUACGGGUGAGAUCAGGACAGCAAGAACUUUUAUGGAGAGAGAUGCUGUGAAACAGAGACUGGUCCUUCUGGUGAAGGAUAAUGGACAACCGACUCUCUCGGCCUCUGUCACUCUGAACCUGGUGUUUGCUGAGAACUUCCAGGAGGCCCUUCCGGAGAUGAAAAACCAGAUGAACAGCUCAGAGGAUCAGUCGGACUUGCAGUUCUAUUUGGUAGUGGCCUUAGCGGUGAUGUCAUUUUUAUUCCUCUUGUCAGUGAUUCUAGCCAUUGCCAUCAAACUGCGGCAGUCAGGAAAUUCCAGUUUCUUACCAUGUUUUGCUCCUGUUUCCCAUUCCACAGCUGGGGUUAUAUUUCCACCCAAUUUUGAAGAUGGGACUCUGCCUUAUUCCUACCAGCUGUGUCUCUCUUCAGAAUCCAAGAAGAAUGAAUUUACUGUUCUGACACCCAAUGUUCAAGUUGCAGGCAACAUUCUUAGUGGUGAAAAAUCCAAUGCACUUUUCACAGGAACUGUAGAAAAGAAUUUAAUUUCCAAAAUAAUAGAUAAGCAAGCACAACCUAAUACAGACUGGCGUUUUUCUCAGGCUCAGAGACCAGGAACUAGUGGAUCUCAGAAUGGAGAUGAAAACGGAACUUGGCCAAACAAUCAGUUUGAUACUGAAAUGCUUCAGGCUAUGAUUUUAGCAUCAGCAAAUGAAGCUGCUGCCGCCGCUGCAGCUAACCCAGAUGGAAAUUCUACUCUGGGAGGAGGAGCAACAGCAGGUACCAUGGGGCUCAGCACCAGGUAUGGCCCCCAAUUCACCCUUCAGCAUGUUCCUGAUUAUAGACAGAAUGUGUAUAUCCCUGGAAGCACUGCUACUCUCUCCAACGCCGCUGGCAAACGUGAUGGAAAACCGGCAGCCUCUGGAGGGGGAAAUAAGAAGAAGUCAGGAAAGAAAGAGAAGAAGUAGGAUCCACAGGAUAGCACAGCCACUUCCACGUAAAUCUAAAGGGCAGACUCUUCCAGCACUCCCCCAGUUCAUAGCCUAGGAUGGAAGAUGAAUGUGAAUUUGUGGUUAAACUUUUUUUAAAAUAUGGAACAUUGUGAAUGUACAUUGUUGUCAUCUAAGUUUAUGAGUAGAUGUACUGCUGUUAUUCAUGAAGAAAAAUAUCUGAAUAAUAACAAAUACAGUGUAUAUCUUUCGAGGACAAUGUAAUAUGCAAGGGUGUCAGAUCUUUGAAACAUUUUAUUUCCUGAAGAUCUGCAUCACCAACAAAAUUUAGGAUGGGCUCUGCUCAUUGUAAAUAAUUAUUCUGAACAGAGUUUUUUAUUUAUAUAAGUUCCUCCAUUUUUACAAAAAUUCUCACUUUUCCAAAUUUUGAUAGAAGUUCUUGGGGGGAGGGUUAGACAUCAUUUCAGCUGGAAUCCUUGUUAUGAUAUUGAUAGGGAGUGCUUUAAUUCCUGCUUUGUUUUAAAAGAAAUGUGUAUCCUGUAUUAUUAUAAGAGAAUGCGAUUCAGCUACAUUUAUCUUUUUUAUAAAUUUAACCAAGGAUGGCCAGAAAAAAAUUAAACUGAUGUCAUAGUUUCUGAGAAGCAAGGAGUGCAUUGCAAUGGAAAAACUUUCAUGCACAAAACAUGUCGUAGAUAUAAAGACAGAGAACACUGCCAUUCAUGAUUUAUUUACAGUGAUCUCUAAAAAGGCAACACAUCUCAUCUACAUCAGUAUGUAUACUAAAUGUUUUCUAGAAAAAGUUGAAGAAAAAAGUCAUUCACUUGUGAGCAUAGUGAGCUACUGCUCAUAUCUUUGCUUGACUCCUGAGGGAGAUGUCUUUGUUAACUGGAUGAGCUCUGCUGAUCUUAUAGGUAGAACUUUAAAAAUAGAAUGCUUCACUUUUUUCUGCACAUGAAACUGCAUGCAAAUCACUUCACAUUUACAGGACAGCUGACUUCACACCCAAGCUUGAAUUGGGAAAUUUAUUGCAUGACAUGAACAGCAUGUUAAUAUGCUCUCAAGUGCUCACAUCAGCACUGUCUGUGAGAAAAGUUCACAAACAAGAUGCAUUGCCCUUCCUCAGAGAGAUUGGGAAGCUUGUGUAUUUCAUUUCUCUGUGCAGUAUAAAUAAAAAAUAAUGUUGGCUUGUUGGUCUUCACAAUUUGAUAUUAAAUAGAAAGUGGCUGAUAUGGGAAAGCUAAGGGACCAGGUCUAAUGAAGGUACACUGGAAUUAGAACUAGGCAAAUUGCAAAGCCAAUCACUUUAUUCCUGAACUUUUAUAAAUACUAAACAAAUGACAUUGUAUUGAUGCAAUCAGGCAAUUUGAGAUCCCUACCACUACCUCUUCUUGAAUAUGAAUAGACCUUAAAAUAUUAAAAAUACACUUUGUGUUACUAUGUUUUGAAAUUGCUAGAUUUAGAUCUUUUUAACAGCAUCAUUCCAUAGCCUAGUAUGGACCAGUGAGGUUUCUUAACUCUGGCCCAUUUGAUAAUGUAAUGGCACUCUGAGUCAGGUAGGAAAUUGUACUGUUACUUGGCAACAUUGGUUGUCUUUCUAGAUAUAUCAUAGUUUCCUGUACUUUAUCAUGGUUUUCUUUAUUGCAACAAAAGAGCCAUAAAGAAUCAGAGGAGCAUAUUUUCAACAUGGAGCGUGAACCACUAGUUCAAGAACUUUUUUUUUACAUUGUAAUAAAUAGCUUGCUUGAAAUAGUCAAAACAGGUCAGUCUAAACAUAUGACAAGUUUCCAAAGUUGCCUCCCAAACUGAUUGGCUGUGUUGUUGUCACUGCUAAGAGCAUUUUAUGAACUAUUUGAUGCUUUCCCUGUCUCUAGAAAGUAGGACUUAUCUACAAGAAGUUUUUGUCUACAUAUGGGUUUUGUAGUGAUCCCAAACGCUUCUCCAUCAACUUUUUCUUUGGUGACUGCACUAGAAACAGUUUACAUAGUUAGUGAAAUAGACAACAAACUAGUGGGAUGUUCUGUAACAUGAGCCACAUUUAAAUGAAUGAGAGCGCAAUAGUCCUCCUGUCACACAGCUCCCAUUUAUCUCAAUGCAGUUUGUGCAGAUACACCUCAGCUGGAUUGUGCCUAAAGCUUCUUAUGUAAUCGAAUAGUUAACAUGUGAUCUUUCCCAAAGUACUGUAGAUGAAUCUUGGUUAAUCUUGUUUAUUUUUUCAUCUACACCUGAAAAUAGUGUAGUAGUGCCUAGUGAUGUGUGUUUUUUAUUUGUUUAAUCUUAAUAAUUGAAUAGUGAACAUCAGUAUUUUAUAUUCUUUUGGAUCAUCUUCAUGUGUGUUCAUUGUGCUUUUAAUUGUAUGUGAACUGAAACACACUUACUUGUCCCUCCAAUGUGUCUAAUAUUGAGCUAUACUUAUAUAUUAUAUAUAUGCUUAUACCCUUCUUAUAUCCAUGUAACUGAUAUUGAUGUGUUAACACGCAAGUUUUAUACUCUAAUAUUUAUAUUGCUUUUUUCUUUGAGAAAAAUAAAAUCUUUUCUUCUGA